CAAAAUAGGAAAUAUACAAUGAUAUGUAGCAUUACUAUACAUUAUAUAAUAUCAUAUGUGUUUGUGUAUUUAUAUAUGCUUCAACUAAUGCUUCUAUAGAAAUUCUGUAAAACCAGUUUCUACUUUCUAGUACCCCUUAGCCAAUACACACUUGAAGCUAUCCUAAACCAUGAGCUGGUGGUUCAACAGAUCUGUCAAUGGUUGUAAACAGAAGAAAAUUCAAGAAAAUGGAGUUCAACAACAACAGAAUGGAGAUAUCCAAAGUUUUAAGAGUGUUGCCCUAAUAGUUGGUGUCACGGGCAUAGUUGGCAGCAGUUUGUCUGAGAUUCUUCAAUAUACCGACACCCCUGGCGGCCCAUGGAAGGUCUACGGUGUGGCCCGCCGCCCCCGGCCGACGUGGUUAGCCAAAAGCCAUGUUGAAUAUGUCCAAUGUGAUGUUACAAACACAGAAGAAACAAUUUCCAAGAUUUCUUCUCUAACUGAUAUUACUCAUAUUUUCUAUGUUUCUUGGAUGGGAAAUGAAGAUUGUAGCAUGAAUGCUGUCAUGUUCCAAAACAUCCUUAAUUCAGUCAUACCAAAUGCUCCAAAUCUCCAACAUAUUUGCCUCCAAACUGGAAGCAAACACUAUAUUGGACUGUUCGAAACGGAUACACCAGAAUCACACGACACACCAUAUUCCGAGGACUUAGCUCGACUGAAGCAACCGAAUUUCUAUCAUAAUCUUGAAGACAUUCUCUUUGAAGAAACGGCGAAAAAGGGCUUAACAUGGUCGGUCCACCGGCCUGCACUAAUUUUUGGUUUCUCCCCAUGUAGCCUGAUGAAUAUUGUUAGUACUCUUUCUGUUUAUGCUGCAAUUUGCAAGCAUGAGAACAAGCCUUUAGUAUAUCCCGGAUCGAAGGCUUCGUGGAAUUGUUUCGUAGAUGCUGCAGAUGCCGAGUUGGCUGCCGAGCAUCAGAUAUGGGCUGCUGUCGAUCCAAACGCCAAAAAUCAGGCUUUCAAUUGUACUAAUGGAGAUCUUUUCAAGUGGAAACAUAUAUGGAAAGUUUUGGCCAAUCAAUUUGACUUGGAGAUGGUGGGAUAUAUCGAAGGAAACGAGCAAGUUAGCAUGGAGGAAUUGAUGAAGGAUAAGGACUCCGUGUGGGACGAGAUUGUGAAAAAGAAUAAUUUGAUGCCUACUAAGUUGAAGGAAAUUGCUGCAUUUUGGUUUGCUGAUAUUGCAUUUUGUCUUGAGAAUGUGCUGAGCAGUACGCACAAAAAUAGGUUGCAUGGUUUUAUGGGGUUCAGAAAUACUUAUACAUCAUUUGUUUCUUGCAUUGAUAAAAUGAGGGCUUAUAGGUUUAUUCCUUGAAGAAGUGUGUUUUGUACUUGAUUUGAUGAUGCUUUGUGUUUUGAGUGUAAUAUAAAGCAAGUAAUGACUUGUCGAUCACCAAACAUUUCAAUCAAAACAAUGGUGUUUACCCGUUUUUAAUGUAUUA